AUGUGGCCGGUGCUGAAUAAUAUUAAUGCCGGAAGAAAUAUGGUUGCAAUGUGUUGUGCACAUACAGGGUACUGGAAAAUUAUUAAUGCCAUAUAUGUCCCAGAAAAAUGCAAUAGCCUUAUCUUCGAUAGAAUAUAUGCCACCCGUGUUUGGCAUGCAAAAUUGAUGAAAAAAAAGAGAAAACAGAAUGAAACAGGAAAAAAAAGAAAAAGGAAGAAGGAAAAUAAGGAAGAAAGAAAAGAUAGAAAAGACAAAGCUAAGGAAAAAAUAGAAAAAAUGCUACACUACACUACCAUUCAAGAUGCUAGAUCCUACAUCCUAGAAGCCUCUAUUAAAAUAUUUUACAUAAAAUACCCCAUCAUUUUGAACAUAAAAGAAUAUUUAAACGUAAAAAGCCAAACCCUUAAGCCUGAAAAGUAUCCCAUCAUACCCUCAAUACAAAUGAUCUAG